CUAAUUCGGACGCUUGUCACUGCAGUUUCAUGACACCCGGUUAGCUUCUGGCAUCCAAACGAGACACUGCCCCGUCCCGCAUCCUGCUCGCUUUAAGGCCCCGGGCGUCCCAACAUCAUGGGUUCCACAACACUCUUCACCUUCCUGUUUGAGCAUCCUACUCGGCUUCAAAGUGUGGAGCUGUUCGGCUCGUGGGACAAUUUCUCCAAGCCAUACCAGCUACAACGCGACCGAAGAAGAGGUCACGGGGUCUGGUCUGGUUGUUAUACUUUCGACAACAUCAUCUGUGACGGCGACUUUGAGAACGUCGGGCAGCGUCGAAGUGGUGCUCUAAAAAUGGGUGGAACCUAUUGGUAUUACUACAGCGUGGAUGGCAUUGAGGAACGCUAUAACCCUUCGGAACCAUCGACAACUGCGUGCCCUUUACUCCCUGGGCAGCGACUGAACGUCCUGGAUGUCCCUCGCGAGGCAGGGACCAUCCACAACAUGGGAGACGCAGACGUCUUCACCCGCAACCCCAAAGACAAGUUCCUCACGCCAGUCCCGCCUGUUCCACAGAAAGCCCUUCCAUCCCCUCGCCUAGGAGAUCUCUGCAGUGAAUCGUAUCGUGUCCCCACAGUCUCGCUCACUACUCCGCGAUCCGCAACAUACCCCUACACCACUCCAGCAUACUCACCCGGUCCUGCACGACAUGCACGGAGUGCAUCUACUACACCGGCCUUAACCUCGACGGCCCUGUUCGCAGACUUCAAGUGUCUGAAAGAAAAGUUCGCACAGAAGAGGUCAGCUUCACAUGCACGAGCAGGAUCGAAAGGUAUCCGGGAUCUAGAGAUAGGAGCACCUACCUUGAUCAGCACCACCGCUGAAGAGGUCAAUCUUGUACCUCUGUCGUCGCUCCACAGGACCCCACUCCCUUCGCCUUUACCGACUCCCCAGACCUUAAAGUCUCUGCCCCCUCCGCCUACGGCGCCCCAUACGGCUCCUUCCUUGCCAGAAUCUGUCAGGGAAAAGUUGCGGCAGUUCUCGCCUCUUGGCUCUCACCCAAUAGAAUCCAACGCAGAUAGUGGACCAUCGACGUUGGCGCCCAACGAAUAUUCGUAUGGGGCGCGGCCGCGUUCUCGAUCGGACGUUGCACCAACUACAGCAGGCUCAUUUUGUGCGCCAGCCAGUGUUGUUCGAGCUAAAUCGACCGACACGAGGCGCACGAAACUCUUCUGCAAUGAGCCAUGGAUAUCAUCGCCGAGACUGCCACGGCAACAUGAGAUAGGCCCUGAGAUACUGGCCGAUGAGGCUCCUGUACUUGAAACACCGGCUUUAGCCCUCGAGCCACCAUCCACGGACGCACGCCCAACUUCAAGCCACGGCGGUGAUCGCAGCUCUGGCUUGCGGAACUCAGCACUUGACAAGGACAAGAGCCUGCCUCCGUUACCACGUUAUCUUGUUCCCGCUCCGCUCUACGCAUGCAGCAGUGCCGAUUCCAGCCCACAGAUCGACGAUACGCCUGAGGAGAAUGAGUAUCAAGAGAUCCAGGUGGAGGAUGCACGGUUCCAAAUUCUAUCGGAUCGCAAGGGCCAUUUCUCAAUCUGGAGUGCCGAGUCGGGCACGUUCAGCUCUCCAACAUCCGACGAAGGCGAGCUUGAAUCGCCGACUUUCAGCUGCCUUACCAGCGACUGUAGUGAUACUGGCUCGCCACGACGGUUCUCUCUUUUCUCCAUUAGCGAAUACAUACACAGCCCCAACCACGAUUCUACAUUUCCCGAGCAGGAGUACGAAAAGGAAGACCAGGAUGAGUCACCCGCCCAAGAGGACGUCUCUACUUUGCCUCCAAAGUUAGAGGAGCUUCACUUAUCAUCAUUUGGGCCCAGUCUCUUCGACCUCGACAUUCAACACGCAGAAUCUGCGCCACGUAGGCAAGCGGCAUGCUUUGGGCUGGGCUUCCAAAGCUACAAGCUACCAGACAAUGAAACUGUGUCCAAGACGACCGUCACCGAGAGCUCAUUCCAGCCCCGGCCAGCGAUACAGCAUGCCCGUGGUGGCUCCAUCGCUCGUUCCGAAGCGCUCGUCAACGAUUUCGGCUUCCUUGGCGAUGCCGUCAAUUAGGAGUAAUUCGGUCACCACCUUCGCUUCACAGUAUAUAUUCGACGUUACAUUUCCUCUGUUUAGAUUUCUUGGUAUACCCAUCUUCGGCCCUUUAGCAUUGUGGCCUGGUCGAGCCACACUUUUCUUGACUUUUAAGGCGAAUUUUCUACCUACGCCGUAUAUGCAAGAUUUUGGCCUUCGUUUCAACUUUCACCCUUUACACACUGCAGCGAUGCUUCAUUUAGCAAUGGUGUUUGAUCCUAGGGAGCAACCUCACUGCGAUUUUCAUGCCCCCCAUGUC